GUAGAAAUACCUCCGGGUUGCGACUAAAAACAGGAAACGUGUGACUUCCACAGCAUCCUCUUGCUUCCCACCAACUUGUGGACAAGCCUGUCACAAAAACAAAGAAAAAAAAGACAUGGCUGCGUCGAAUUAUUCCUUGAAGGUCAACAGAGAGCUGUUGGACCCCGGCUUUGAAAGUUACAGGUUAUCUCUGGACGCCAUACCGACGUACAGCGUUGAGCUGGAUGCUGCUGUGGAGGAAGUGAAGCUGAAGGACACUCAGUACACCCUAGAACACAUGCGCGCUUUUGGCAUGUACAACUACCUCCACCUGGACCCGUGGUAUGAAGACAGCGUUUUGUUUGUGGACUGCAAAGGACAGGUUCUCGGUCUCACCGUCACCCUGGACACCGCCCUGGGGAAGCCGAGGGAGCUCUACCGCAUCCCCGCUGACUGCGGCCAGAGCGAGCAUCGCCUCUGCGCGUCCCUCAGCCUCACCUCAGCGACCUGGGCGGCUCUCUCCGACGGCGCCGGCCGACUCUACCUCCUCCGCACCGGCAAGAGGGGAGACAGCUCCCAUGCCAAGUGGGAACCCCUGUUCAGUGAGGACACGGGGGAGCCUUUCACCGUCCUCCACAGCGUCUCGCAUGUCCCGGAGGGAGUCCACACCAUGGAGGUCCUGCUGCUCCGCAUCCAGAAGGACCCGCAGGAAACCAAAGGGAGUGGAUACUCGGUGUCUCUGGAGUGGAUCACAGUCGCCAGCACCGCAGGACAAGGUCAGGAGAAGAAGUACGAGGUGAAGAAGAGGAGGGUCCUCACGGGGAAGUCGGUGCCUCACUACGCCGCGGUGGAGCCGCAGGGGAAGGGGCUCAUGGUGGCCUCUGACAAACCGUUUGCCUUCACGCAUGUGGACGGUCGCCCUGUGGAGCCGCCCCACCCAGAGCCCAUGGAGGUGGAGAAGACAGAUCCCAUUUACUUCUGGCAGCAGACGGCGGAGGACGUCACGGCGUGCGUGCGCAUGCCCGAGGGUGUCACCAAAGAGGAGGUGCAGUUCAGGCUGACGGCAGACCGCAUCAGGCUCGGGGUUCAGGGCUUCCCUUCGAUCCUGGAGGGCCAGCUGCACUCGUCUGUAGACCCAGAGGCCAGCGCCUGGAUCAUCAAGGAUGACAAAAGCCUGGAGGUGACCCUGCAGAAACUCACCGAGGGCCCGCUGUGGUCGGAGCUGUUGACGGGGGACAAGAGAGGAGAGUACGUGGUGAGCGACGAGCAAGCUGCCCUCCUCCACGAGAGACUGACCUUCCUCACCUCGGAAGACUUGAAUGGCAACCCUGACGGCGACAAGCCCCCUUGUAACUCACAGGAGCUGGAGGACUGCGAUGGGUUCCCAGAAGACGGCUCGAGUCUCACACACUUUGACGGAGAAUCACUCAAGCCCACUCGGGUGGUGAACCUCGGCAGCCAUCAGUUCCUGUUCAGCGUGGACGUGAACCCCUCUGACAUGCCGUGUUUCUGCCUCAGGCACGACGUGGACGCUCUGGUGUGGCAGCCUCGGCCCGACCAACCCAGUGACAUGUGGGAGCACGUCGCCACGUUCAACGCCCUGGGCUACGUCCAGGCGUCCAAGCGGGAUAAAAAGUUUGCGACCUGCGCCCCGAACUUCUCCUACGCCUCGCUGGGCGAGUGUCUCCGCCGAGCCUUCAUCUACCGGCAGCCGGCGCCGGUGGAGACCGUCCUCUUCAACCGGAGGCAGGGCCGCCAGGUGGGACAGGUCGCCAAGCAACAGGUGGCCAGCCUGGACUCCGAUAAGCCGAUCCUGGGCUUCAGAGCGACCAACGAGAGGCUGUACAUGCUGACCUCCAGUCACCUCUUUGUUCUAAAGGGGUCCGGGAACAUCAUCUUCUGGUCCGACAGCAGCUCGUCGGUGACGGUGAGCUCCUCCAGCUCGGUGGUGAAGUGGUCGGCGCUCUCCACCAUCGACGUGUCCUUGACCACGCUGUACGUGAGGGCCACGCUGUAGGCGGCGGGCUUGUCCGAGCCUUUCCUCCCGCAGCGGCAGAUCUUGCGGAAGGCGGCGCGGAACUUCUGCGACAUGGCGUUGUAGAUGACCGGGUUGACGGCGCUGUUGAGGUAGAUGCACACGCGGCAGAAGAGCAGGAACCAGCUGUCCAGGUAGGCGCGGUCCAGGAAGGAGUUGACCACCACCAGAGUGCGGUACGGCAUCCAGAGCGCGGCGAAGAGGAUCACCACCACGGCCAGCAUCUUGGUCACCUGGAGUUGGGCAACGAGGAUCAAUAUGAGAACUGAGGCCUGAACACGGAGGAACACGCUUUCUCUUUAUGAUUUUGAUUUCAUGAUUCAUAAAGACACAAUGAGUUGACAAUGAGAAGGUUCUGGCUAUUUGUAAAUGGUAAAAGGUAAAUGGAUGUAUACUUCUAUAUACGAUACAUGUAUCGCGCUUUUACACUACAUGUCAUCCACCCAUCAUUCACACACCGAUGGCACAGGAGAAAAUGGAAGGUUUAGUGUCUUGCCCAAGGACACAUCGACAUGGACUGAAGGAGCCGGGGGUCGCUCUACCCUCUGAGCCACAGUUGCCCGUUAUCUCAGUUAUUAAAGUAUACGAAUGAAGUAAUAUGAUUCAUAACUGGUUGACGCGUCACAAUCAGUUUCUAUUGGCCCAAAGCUACCGUGGGGGAGAGUUAUGGACACAGAUGGUUCCCAUCUGCACGUUUAAAUGAUACAGCACAAUUUUAUAUGUCAUAGUAUUGUUAUGAAGCGUGCGCACAUGCACACACACAGACACACACACACACACACACACAGAGAGGAGUUGUCAUCGACAUGAUGAACUAGAGACGUGACAUUUUAACAUCAACAUACAUAAUACCCAGCAAUCAUUGCAUAUGUCAAAAACACCGUAGAAAAUAAGAUAUUAUUAAUUUAGCAGAAUUACUUUUUCUUUCUUUUUUUACAUCUCAUGUGGCAUAAGCAUAUAUUGUUUUAUUAUAGAUUGCUGUGGACAAUUUUGCCCAAAAAAUUAAAAAGGCAACCAUGAUGGAGAUGAGAAACCGUUUUGAGAAUAUUGCAAAAGGCACAAACAUGCCUGAGGCCCUUUUUAAGACGUGUAUAUUCCUGUGGCAUCAAUCUGAUUCAUAAAUAAGGACCUUUUUUUCAAUAUGUGUUGGGAGGCACGCUCUCCAUUAUUUAUUUAGUUAUUAACAGCUGCAGGAAGUACGGUAUUCAGAUGUACUUACAUUUAUGUAGCAAUACCGCACUGUUAAAAAAAGUAUUCUAUACCGAUAAAAUGCCCCUUCGAGAUGUACUUUCAUACAUUAUAUAGUUGUGUUAUUCUAGUAAGGCAGUAUUACCGACGUAUCCA